CAUAGCAGUUCUUUAUUUACAAAUUUAUAUCUUCUUCGAUACUUUGGAAUUGAAAUAUAAAUAGAGCACUACCUAUUAUUCAACAUUAAGACAUCAUUUAUAAAGAUUUUUCAGUGUUAUACUUUUAACUGUACAAAAUAUUAACUUUAUAUUAUUUUCAUACAUCAUGAAAAUGUAAACGAAAUGACAUACAUUUAAAAUAAUUGAAACAAAUUUAAAGAAAAGCAAGCAAUUGUAAUUUUUAAAACAAACACACACAUCUGCCACUAUAAACAAUGGGUUUAGCAGAAUCCAACACACAAUAACUACAGGCAAGAUUUACAUUUGUACGGCAAGGAUACCUUCGCAUUAGUGUACAAUUCACAAUUAUUGUUGCUUCCCCCUCUCAAAGGAGACAGCAUUCCCUCACAUAAUGAAAUGUCAUGAAUUUGUUUCAAGAAUGAACACACAUUUCCCAAAGUCUUUAAUUCUUUAUCAGAACUCAAAGCAAGAACUUCCUUCCCAAAAAUUUUAACAUGUGGAGCUGCAGUUUCCUUAAAUAUUAUACAUUUAUCAAUCAUCAAUUUUGGGAAAGGAGAGAGUUCUGAAAUAUGAAACACAAUUACAAAACUUCCAUCAGGAUGCUUAUGAAGAGACCACAUAUCUGAGGGCAUUUUCACGUAAUGUGACCACUUCCACAGCUUUUUAUACGAAACUGUUCCUUUGCCUUGAGAAGGGAAUCUUGAAUUUUUGUGGACUAUUCUUGGCUUGAAAAAAUAUGCGUCAGGGAUCAAUAGUCUUCCUUCAUUAGAAUGAAAAAUUGUCCCUUGAUGCCUUAAGUAAAGUUUUUGUGUCCCAAUUCUGUUUUCCUCACUCUCUGAUUCAGGAACUCCACUUGCUUCUUCUAAAAGAUCACAAAUUUUUUCAAGUAACUCUUCACCAUCAUCAAAUACUUCAGAACUUUUUUGUAUUUUUUUCCCCAAAUCAUCUGACUUCGUUUCUGAAAUUGUUUUGGAAUUAGAGUUUUCUUUUUCUAGGCCUCUAUUAAUCCGCUUUGAAUCUUUCCUUAUACUACUUAACUUUUCAAGAUCUUUGGUAGCUUCCUUUGGCACUGAGUGAUCCGUCUUUCCCACUCCAAUAUCAAUGCUUUUUUCUGAGGCUUUCUCCUUUAUUUUAUUUUCAACUGCUUUUCCAUCUUUAGUUUUCAAUUUUGAUGUGAUGCCACUCCUUUCCCUACUGCUUGAAUGUCUCUUCUUUACCUCAAUUUUCGAUUUUUGUAGUUUCUUGGAGACAACUUCAAUGGUCUUGCUCUGAGUUUUGCUUCUAAGUGUUUUCUUUUCCAAGUCCUUUUCAAUAUAUUUUGCCCUAUUAUCUGAACCUGACAUCCGAGCACUUCUCUUCAUAUGUAAAGGAUUACGGUCACUUAACUUCGGUGGGUCUUUGGAAGGAAUUAUCUUUUUUUUCUUUAUAGAAUCAGACCUCAAUUUUACAUCUAUAAUUCUCUUUGUUUUCUCCUUAUUUUGUUCAGAAAAAGUUGGUUCAUUUGGCAAUUUAGAAUUUUUUCUCUCUAUAAGUACCUUUUUAGCUCGAAUUUGGGAAUUUUCAUCUUUAAUGGCUUUCCUUUUUCGUGAAACUUCAGAUCCUGAUGCACUUUCUACCACAUCUUCUGACUCUUCUUUCUUGUCCUUCCUCUCGUUAUUUUUUUCACUUUGUUUGUCACCUCUUCCAUUCCUUAAGCUGUGAUCUAAUGAAGAUUUAUUAAUAAGAGUAUUUACUUCAGAGGCUUUGGCAGAAUCAGCAUUGAGUUCUUGUCCUUUGACUGACAAUGGCACUGCUGUUUGUGGCUUUUUCUCAUUAUCAGUCUUAACUUUCUGUUUUACCAUACCCUCCUUCUUUUUUCUUAUUCCUCUGCUUACGAUGAUAGAAUUUGAAGUAGCUGCAUUUGGAGGUGUUCUUGUGUCCAUUUUCAAUACAGAUUUCUGUUUUGUUUUAUUAUCAGGUUUAGAUAUCUGCUUUUUUCCUGAUUUUAUACCCUCUCUUCCUUUCUCAAUAACAGCACCCUUUUCACUGUGAAUUUUAACACUUUCAAUGUCAGAUUUGGAAGAUGAUUUUUCAGCAUCUUUUUUGACGGGAAUUGAAAAUGCUUGAAUUUUUUUUUCAAGAUCAUCGUCAUCUGUACAUACUACAUUUGAUUCAGCACUUCCCAUUGAUACACUUUCACUGCUUGGAUCUUCACUCUCUUCUAAAGCAUCAGUAUGCACCUUACUAUUUUCACUUCCAUCUUCAGAAACUGGCAUCUGAGUUAACAUAUCCAGUUUCUGUAAAGACACGAAAGCUUUCUUCAACUUCGGCAGUUCAAUACGAUUCAUAUCGUUCGUAGAAUUACUUAGUUCCAUUAGUAUUAAAAUAUUAUUUCGUUUGAUCACACGAUGUUUAUAUGGUAAUAAAAUUUCAAAAACCCUUUAAACAUAAACAAUCAUUAUCCCGCGCAUUGCGAGAAUCCUUCCACUCUUCUCUACAGUGUGAAAAAUUGCGCAGCUAGCUUUUCAAUGAGGAACCAACAUAAUAAAAUCGUAACAUUCCGAAGGGAAUUAAAUGGAAUGAGCUUUAGGAGCGAAUAUCAUCUUUUACACCUCAAAAAUAUUAAAAUUACCAGAUAUAAUGAAGUAUUCUUUGUAAGUGAAAAAAAAUUUGUACACGGUAAUAAACAAAAACUCAUGUAUUGUCUGUAAGUUUAUUAGCCUGACAGCGUUCACGAAUCGCAAGCUCGAGAUUGUUUUUGUCUUCUCUCGAGUAUUAAUGAUCACAGAAUAUUUAGAAUAAAGUUGAUACCAGAGAGUAUUUUACUAUGUUUGGGUAUCUGAAAAUAUUUACAUCGUGAGACGUACUACGUAGCGAAUAGUGUAUUCCAUUGAGUUGUUAUGAUGUGUAUUUAACCGAUAUGAAUCCUAUGUCCGCAAGUGUCUCUAUGCAUGCCCAUUGACACCCAUUGAUGUAUGGACUUGUGAAAUGAUUGACAAUGAUCUCCAAACAUUGAUUUGCCCGUCAGUUGUGUAAGCUGUGUUUGAGUAUAAUCGUGUUGGGCGCCUGGGGCCCAAUUUCGACAGGGAACAUGAACGAAGUGGAAAAACUCGAACAUCUUUCUCUUGUGUCCAAAAUAUGUACGGAAUUGGAGAAUCACUUGGGACUAAACGACAAGGAUUUAGCUGAAUUUAUCAUUGAUUUGGCCGAGAAAAAUACAACAUUCGACAGCUUUAAAAAGGUACUUCUUGACAAUGGAGCUGAAUUCUCUGAUUCUUUUAUUACAAACUUGCUUAGAAUCAUACAGCAUAUGAAACCCAAAAAUGGUCAGAGAGACACAAGUGUUCCAAAAACGAAAAAAGAUGUUUUAUCAGAAAAAUUUCCUGGUCUUGCUAUUCCUAAUGACCCCAAAUUUUAUGGUGGAAAUGAAAAUAAAGAAAAGAAAAAGAAGAAGAAAAAAGAAGAUGGUUUGGGUGAUGCUGUUGUUGAUAAUGCCAUGGCAGAGUUGGAAGCACUUGCACCAUCUCAGCUUGGGAAUGUCAAAGUCAAAUCUGAACCAGAAAGUUCUGAUGAUGAUGACGAGACAACUAUUAAAAAGGAAGAAGUCAGUAAAAGUGAAGGUGUCAAAGAAAAAGGGCAUUGGGACAAUCAAGCUCAUAGUAAACAAGAGAAGAGCAGACACAGAAAAGAAAGAAGUAGAAGUAGAGAAAAAAGAGUGAAUAGAGAUAGAAGUAGGAGCCGUGGUAGGGGGGAUCGAAGCAGAAGUAGAGACCGUGGUGAUUACAGCAAAAGUAGGGAUUAUAGAGAUCGUAGAGCAAGAAGUAGAAGUAGAGGUCGCCAUGGUCGCAGUAGGAGUAGAGAUAGAAGAGAUAGAAGUAGAAGUAGGGACAGAAGGAAGGAACGAUCCCACAGAGACAGGAGUAGGGAGAGGAGAGGAGGAAGUCGUGAUCGAAAGAGGGGUCGAGAGAAAAGUGAAAGCCCUGAUAGUUCACUGAAGCAUCCCAGAGGAAGCAGUCGUGAUCGAGACCGGAGAGGAGAAAUAGAGGCUACAGCUACAGAACCAGAAAUUGGCAAGAUCUAUUCUGGAAAAGUAGCAAAUAUUGUACCAUUUGGGUGUUUUGUUCAAUUAGAAGGAUUGCGUCGUCGCUGGGAAGGCUUGGUACACAUAUCUCAAUUGAGAAGAGAAGGAAGAGUGACAAAUGUAUCAGAUGUUGUUACACGAGGUCAGAAAGUGAAGAUAAAGGUGCUUUCCUUUACGGGACAGAAAGUGUCUUUAUCAAUGAAGGAUGUGGAUCAAGAGACAGGAGAAGAUCUCAAUCCCUCUAGCAAUAAUUUACUUCUUGGCAAAGACAGAGAUGAGGAACAAGCCCAUCGUAACCCUGAUAGACCUACUUCUUUAUUGGAUCUACAAGGCUCUCUUGCUGAGGAAGAUGAAACACACAGUAGGAAGCGUGUUCAUCGAAUAUCAUCUCCAGAAAAGUGGGAAAUUAAGCAGAUGUUGGCUGCUAAUUGCAUAGAUAAAUCUGAACUGCCUGAUUUUGACGAUGAAACCGGUCUCCUUCCAAAGGAGGAAGAUGAAGAAGAGGAUAUUGAAAUAGAAAUGGUGGAGGAUGAACCUCCAUUUCUGCAAGGUCAUGGUCGAAUGCUUCAUGAUCUGAGCCCUGUCCGGAUUGUUAAAAAUCCUGAUGGAUCAUUGGCACAGGCAGCCAUGAUGCAGAGUGCCUUGGCAAAAGAAAGAAGAGAAGUGAAAAUGCUACAACGAGAGCAAGAAAUGGACUCCAUUCCUACUGGUCUUAACAAAAAUUGGAUAGAUCCUUUACCAGAUGCUGACGGAAGAGCUUUGGCAGCCAAUAUGAGAGGUAUUGGUCUUGCCAAUCAAGAUCUUCCUGAAUGGAAGAAACAUGUUAUUGGUGGGAAGAAGACUUCUUUUGGUCGUAAAACAGAUAUGACCCUCUUGGAACAGCGACAAUCCCUUCCUAUAUACAAGUUGAAGGACGAAUUGACAAAGGCUGUCACAAAUAACCAAAUUUUGAUUGUCAUUGGUGAGACUGGUUCCGGCAAAACAACCCAGAUUACACAAUACCUUGCUGAAGCUGGUUUUACUAGUCGAGGUAAAAUUGGUUGCACUCAACCUCGGCGAGUGGCAGCGAUGUCUGUUGCCAAACGUGUUGCUGAAGAAUUUGGGUGUCGUUUGGGACAAGAAGUUGGAUAUACUAUACGUUUUGAAGACUGCACCAGUCCUGAGACAGUUAUAAAGUACAUGACAGAUGGUAUGUUGCUUAGAGAAUGCUUAGUUGACUUGGACCUGAAGUACUAUUCUGUCAUUAUGUUGGAUGAAGCUCAUGAAAGGACAAUUCAUACUGAUGUACUUUUUGGACUGUUGAAGCAAGCUGUGAAAAAACGCCCUGAAUUGAAAUUAAUUGUUACAUCGGCAACUUUAGAUGCUGUGAAAUUCUCACAGUAUUUUUUUGAAGCUCCAAUUUUUACCAUUCCUGGUCGUACAUUUCCUGUUGAAGUGUUGUAUACAAAAGAGCCAGAAACAGAUUACCUGGAUGCCUCUCUUAUUACUGUUAUGCAGAUACAUUUAAGAGAACCUCCUGGAGAUAUUCUGUUAUUUUUGACUGGCCAAGAAGAAAUUGAUACUGCUUGUGAAAUACUUUAUGAACGAAUGAAGUCCUUGGGACCUGAUGUGCCAGAAUUGAUUAUCUUACCUGUAUAUUCUGCUCUUCCUAGUGAAAUGCAGACAAGGAUUUUUGAACCAGCUCCUCCAGGAUCACGGAAGGUUGUAAUUGCCACAAAUAUUGCUGAAACGUCUCUUACAAUAGAUGGGAUUUAUUAUGUAGUAGACCCAGGAUUUGUUAAACAAAAAGUGUACAAUUCAAAGACUGGAAUGGAUUCUCUUGUAGUUACUCCAAUUUCGCAGGCUCAAGCAAAACAACGUGCAGGUCGAGCAGGCAGAACAGGACCUGGUAAAUGUUAUCGUCUGUACACAGAAAGAGCCUACAGAGAUGAAAUGCUUCCUACUCCUGUCCCAGAAAUACAGCGAACUAAUUUAGCCACCACAGUGCUCCAGUUGAAAACAAUGGGUAUCAAUGAUUUGUUGCAUUUUGAUUUCAUGGAUGCUCCCCCUGUGGAGUCUUUAAUUAUGGCAUUGGAGCAGCUGCAUUCACUUAGUGCCCUUGAUAAUGAAGGGCUACUGACACGACUGGGAAGAAGGAUGGCAGAAUUUCCUCUAGAGCCCAAUCUUUCAAAAAUGCUGAUAAUGUCUGUGCAUCUUAAUUGUUCUGAUGAAGUACUUACCAUAGUAUCAAUGCUAUCUGUACAGAAUGUCUUUUACCGACCGAAAGAUAAACAAGCUCUUGCUGAUCAGAAAAAGGCAAAAUUUAAUCAGCCAGAGGGAGAUCAUUUAACAUUACUAUCAGUAUAUAAUUCAUGGAAAAACAACAAGUUUUCCAAUGCAUGGUGCUACGAAAAUUUUGUGCAGAUUCGUACAUUGAAAAGAGCCCAAGAUGUUAGGAAACAAUUAUUGGGUAUUAUGGAUAGGCACAAAUUGGAUGUAGUGUCUGCGGGUAAAAAUACUGUCCGGAUUCAGAAGACUGUAUGUUCAGGUUUUUUCCGAAAUGCUGCAAAGAAAGAUCCUCAAGAAGGCUACAGAACACUAGUGGAUAGCCAAGUUGUUUACAUUCAUCCAUCUAGUGCCUUGUUCAAUCGCCAACCAGAGUGGGUUAUUUAUCAUGAACUGGUUCAGACCACUAAAGAAUAUAUGCGUGAAGUAACAACAAUAGAUCCCAAAUGGCUUGUUGAGUUUGCACCAGCUUUCUUCAAGUUCUCCGACCCAACUAAGUUGAGCAAAUUCAAGAAGAAUCAAAGAUUGGAACCACUUUAUAACAAAUAUGAAGAGCCCAAUGCCUGGAGAAUAUCUCGUGUUAGAAGGAGAAGGAAUUAAAAGCACAUAUGAAAUUUUGCUAACUUCUGUCUUUUCAGAAUGCUGUCUACAAAUUAUUGUCAUUGUAUACCAUUUAGGAUUUCCUCUUUUGGUGGUAUACUGAAGAUUGUUAUCACACUAAGAGGAUCUUAUUUAUAUAAUUUAUAAUUGUUUCAGUGUAAAUGAAGGACAUAUAUAUCGUUUAAAGUGUGCAUGUAAUAUUGUUACAAUUUUAUGUAUAUAGUGUACAUACAGUAUUGUAUGAUUUUUAUGGAAACAAAAUGUUUGAAAAAAAAACAAAUGUCCAAUAUUUGAUUUUAUUUUUUUAGAUUUAGAAUGUUAUAAUUUUAUUUUCUUGUGAAAAUAUUUCUCUUUUGUUAAACACAGCAGUAAGCCUGUUUCAGACUAGAACUCUUGUAUAAUUGAUAGUGAUAGUAUGGCAUUUAUCUCUAAAUCACUGGUGGCUGGUGCCCCAAAAAAACUAGGGAUGAUGGAUGUAAUUUCCAAAAUUCAGAAAACAUGUAUAAUAAAACGUAAGCAAUUCAUGUAAAGUAAUUAAAACUAAGUGUAAUAAAAGUCUAUACUCAAACAUUACUUUAAUAAUUUUAUGCGUAGUGCCCAUAUCAGGUAUGUUCACCUCACAUGCACAUUGUUCUGGCUUUGAUUUCCAAUGGGCACUCAAGUUUUUGCAUUAGAUCUGCAUUCAGACAAUUGCUAGUAAUAGAAUUCAUACAAACAAAAACAAACUAGGCUUUGAUAAUUAGGUGAAUGCACUCCAGCACUUAACAACAAACUUUAUUAUUUGGUC